CAACUGAUCAUAUUUACAGUUUAAACAACCAGAACUAACACAAAGAGUUUCACUCGUUUCAUUUUAUACUGACACUUUCUAUUUUAUCUAUGGCUGUUUGUCCACAGGUCCACUUUACAGUAACUCACAUUAAUUACUUUCAACAGUCUCUCUGUCAGUUCUUCACUAAUCUGUAAAUUAAUCUAUGUACUUUAGAGUCAAGUCUCACUCUUAUCUUCCUGGUAUUAUUACAGUUUAAUGAUCUCUUCCUAAAGUCAGAUUACUUCCCGUUUCCUCUGGCUGUUUCACAUUAAAAGCUUUCCUCCAGAGAGCCAGGGGGAGGCUUUUAAUGUGAAGCAGCUGGAGGAAAUGUAAUGGAUUUGUCAUCAUGUUAGAAAAACUUUGUUAGCAGCACUAUUCUUUAAUAAAAAUUGGUCUAUACAACAAGAUGUAAACAUAUUUGGUGCUAUUUUGUUCCUUAUAAAACUGUUAGGAAUGAAAUGUUUUUCUUCUUUCACACUACAUGUGUAGAAAUGGCUGCUGCAAACUAUCUGCCAUCUGAAGAUCAGUUUCUGUGCUCCAUCUGUCUGGAUGUGUUCACUGAUCCAGUCAGCACACCAUGUGGACACAACUUCUGCAAAAACUGCAUCGAUGAACACUGGAAUACUACUGACCAGUACCUGUGUCCGAUGUGUAAGAAGGUUUUCAACACAAGACCUGAGCUGAACGUCAACACUUUUAUUUCUGAGAUGGUUUCUCAGUUCAGACAAUCAGCUAACUGCAGCAGCAGCAGCAGCUCAGAGCUUAAAGUGUCCAAACCAGGAGAAGUUCCCUGUGACGUCUGCACAGGAACCAAAAUGAGGGCCCUGAAGUCCUGCCUGGUGUGUCUGGCCUCCUACUGUGAGACUCACCUGGAGCCUCAUCUGACAGCUUCAAGUCUGAAAAGACAUCAGCUGAUCGACCCUGUGGAGAACCUUGAAGGCCGGAUGUGUACAAAGCACGAUAAACCUCUGGAGCUGUUCUGUAAAAUAGACCAGACAUGUGUCUGCAUGCUCUGCACUGUUUUAGACCACAAGACUCAUGAAGUUGUUCCUCUGAAAGAAGGAUAUGAAGUAAAGAAAGCAGAGCUGGGAAAGACUGAGACUGAAAUACAGCAGAUGAUCCAGAAGAGACAACAGAAGAUUCAGGAGAUCAAACACUCAGUCAGCAUCAGUAAAGGAGAUUCAGACAGAGAGCUAGCAAAGGGUGUUCGGAUCUUCACUUCUCUGAAGGAGUCUGUUGAGAAAGGCCUGGCCAAGCUCAUUGAAACGAUCAAAACAAAACAGAAAACAACAGAAAAACAGGCUGAGAUUUUGAUUGAAGAGCUGGAACAGGAAAUCUCUGAGCUGAUGAAGAGAAGAACUGAGAUGGAACAUCUCUCACAGUCAGAAGACCACCUCCACCUUCUCCAGAGUGUCCAGUCCCUAAACAUCCACCACCCACCACCCACUAAGGACUGGACAGAGGUCAGUGUCAGUCUAUCGUUAUAUGAGGGGACUGUGAGGAGAGCUAUGUCUCAGCUGGAAGAGACGCUCAGUAAAGAAAUGAAGAAGCUGGUUAAAGCAGAGCUGAAGAGGGUCCAGCAGUAUGAAGUGGAUGUGACUCUUGAUCCUGAUACAGCAAAUCCCUAUCUCAUUCUGUCUAAUGACGGGAAACGAGCUAGGCCUGGUAAGGUAGAGAAGAGUCUCCCAGACAACCCAGAGAGAUUUUCUUUCAGUCCCUGUGUUUUGGGAAGGCAGAGUUUCUCUUCAGGCAGAUUUUACUACGAGGUUCAAGUUAAAGGAAAGACUGACUGGGAUUUAGGAGUGGCCAGAGAGUCGAUCAACAGGAAGGAAGACAUUACACUGAGCAUUGAGGAUGGUUACUGGACUAUAUGGUUGAGAAAUGGAAAUAAGUACAGUGCUCUUGAUGACCCUUCAGUCUAUCUCUCUCUGCAGUCUAGGCCUCAGAAGGUGGGAGUGUUUGUGGAUUAUGAGGAGGGUCUGGUCUCCUUUUAUGAUGUAGGUGCUGCAGCUCUUAUCUACUCCUUUACUGGCUGCUCCUUCACUGAGAAACUCUACCCAUACUUCGGUCCCUGUACCAUUGACGGUGGUAAAAACUCUGCACCUCUGAUCAUCUCUCCUGUCAGAGGAAACUAAUCACUUAUCUUAUUUUACUUCUAUUUUUAUUGAAGGGAUCGCAUGUAGAUAUUUUGUGACAAUACUGUAAUACUGUAGAGUCAACAUUAUUAAUUUUCUACAGAAUCUGUUUACUGUGGUGAUUGAUUUAUUCUUCAAUGUUAAAUUUUUUUUUUAUUAUAUAGGCAACACAUUAAUUUGACACAUUGAACAACCCUGUUUAUGUGGACAAUAUCUAUUCAACCCUCUUUAAAAACCCAGGCAUUUAUUUUCAAUUCAAGAAAAAAACAAAUAUGUCACGUUGAAUUUUAAGUCAACUUGAAAGAAAAUGCUGCAGAAUAUAUGGAUUUUUGUAUGUGCAGAAACUGAAAACAUAUUGCUGAAUAUCAAAUUGUGUCUGCCUAUUACAUGCCUAUAGUGUAUACAGGACACAAUGUCUGUCAUUGUUAUCUCAGCAUAAUACUUAAUGGAGUAAUUACCAGGUUAAUGGACAAAAUUAAUUAAAAGAAUAGAUGCUAAUGGUAUUUAUAUUUAGUCUGAAAGUGUUUUGGGUAAUGACUGGUCACCAUGUUUAUUUGUUUUGGGCACAAUGGUAAAAUGUCUUAUGAGUCAAAUAAAUCUGUAAAUAUUUGAUUAUAAAAUAAGAGUUGUAUUUAAUCAUUGUCACUAGUUUUAAGUUGGAAUCCUUUUGAUUUUUGUCCUGGUUGAUAUGGCCAGACUCGCCGUUUCUGGUGCUAACAGCAUGUAUGGCUCAAUACAACAGCAAACACUUGUUUAGUUUGUUUAAUUCUAUUGUUUUCUACACAACAGGAGGACACAGUAAAAUGAGUUUGAGGUGAGCUGCAUGAUGCUUUCUUUAUCUAACAACUCACUGUGGAUUUUCCUAACCUUUUAAUCCAAUGCAAUUUUAUUUAAUUCAUAUAGCACCAAAUCAUAAUGUUGACUGGGAAAAUACAGCAAAGUCAGAGAGACUGAACCCUGCUACUCAUGUCUUCCCAUUUCAGGUCGUUAACCUAGACACCUCUUUGAAUACACCAGUGGGGUUUAGUGAGAGCUGAGACACCUGAGAGCUGCUGGUGUGACUUCCAAAGUCAACUGCAGUAAGCAGAGACACCUGCAGAAAUCAUUGACUCGGCCACACAGCAGGACCAGUUCUUGUUCACAGAUUAGAAAACCAAAGAUUUGAUAUCAACUUUCCAGGCAGUGAAGUUCAAGCAAAGACUAAAAGCUGGUUAUGGGAAUCAACAAGCAGCAUGACAAGCAGGUUUUUUAAAUGCUUGUUAGGAACCAAAAGCCGCCAAACCUCCCACCCACUCAGCAACCUCAUCUGACUCCAGAAACGGUUGAUUGAAAAAGUUCAGCUUACACUAACAUCUUCUUGAGUGGGCUGGUACUCAAAAAGUAGGUCCAGGCAUUUCAGUCAUUAUUUUCUAAUUAAGCACGGGAUUUUCUCUCUGGAGUUGGGAGGGGUCAGAGCAAGCCAACCAACUAAUUAAAACUGGGAUAUUGCGGUGACUAAAAAUAAACAAGGUUUUCCCAGCAGCCCUGACACUGACCUUUACAGAGCGAUGAAGCAUUUUUAGCCCAACUGUGUUGGGAGUCUGGGUCAGACUGCCGGCAGAGGCCUGCAGAGGAAGGUGCAGCAUGUGGUGAUGUUCACAUCUAUCACCAGCCACCGUGAGAUCGCAAACUCUGCAUGAACACGUGUGACUUUUCCUCUGAUGAUCAUGCCAUGUGUCGAACUUUAAUACUUUGAGUUCUGUUUAUAUUGUGUAUUGGCAGAAGUCAUUUUUGUCCUGAUUGAUCCAGAAAGAUGCUGUAUAUUAUUCCUUUCACUGUUUGACAUAUGACAAGUUUAGCUUUCACUGAUAAUAAAAUGCUUGAAUAAAAAAAAAAAAAAAA